AGAAUUCGUUCUGAAGCGGAUGUUGGUGCUGGUGUUGUGUCUGUUCUGGCCGGAAUCAGUACGGCGCAGUUGCAAUAUGCGGUGUGCUUUAACGCGUUUGUGAGAGGCAAGAUGAAUUGAAACGAGGAAGUGAAUAUAAACGCACGUAUCGACCGUACGUGACAGUUGAGUUGGAUUUAUUGAUCGUGCGUGAAAUUGCUCACACCGGUGAUAUCUGGCUACGGAGUCGUAGAGGAAAACAGAGAGAGAGAGAGAGAGAGAGAGAGAGAGAGAGGAAGAGAGAGUAUAUCUCCACCUAACAACCUCACCAAUACCGAAACCACCCAACACACCCACCCGGAUUGAUCUUGCGUGGGAUGUCUAUCACGUGGCACCACGGACACCAGGCACAACAUCAGGGAAGGGGAUGCUGUCUCUGUGCGCGUUCACAACUGCUAAUGGACGAUUGUCCAUUGUCCGGUGUCCAUUAAUCGCCUCAAGUAGUUCCAUCGGGCACGAGUGGGUCGACGGUUGAGCGGCUGAUGCUUAUCUGUGUGGGGAGCAGUAUGGUUUUCCAGUGAAGCCCAAGCGGACCCGUACCACCCUCCUGGCUGACUUUCGGAAUACGUUGAAUGAUUUUCGAUUUUCCGAGUCUUCUUUGAUUGGAUUUUCUACCAUCGGCCUACCGUUCGUCGGUUAGCGGGAAAGACGGGCUCGGGCUCCGUGGCUGUGUAGGUGAGACGGUGUGGGUGAUAAAUUAAUUAAUUUCCACCAGCAACGGCCGCCCGACCCGGUUCGCUGGUUCGAUCAUUUCGAUUCUCCUAGCAAGAACACCACCGUCAGGUUCCGAAUCGUCUCAGGGAAGCCCUCGUCUUGGAAGUUGGUCGAAUCAUUACGUACACUGUCCGCUUCAAGGAAACGAAACCUUUUGGUGGUCCAGUUUCUACAAGUCGAAACAGGGGACAGAAUAAAGGAAAAUUCACCCUAGUCGCUCCCUUACUUUGGUAAAUCCACCACGCUUAAGUCUGUAGCACGUGGUGCCACCCGGUAGUUAGUGUACGCGCGAGGGUAGAAAACUUUGUUGCCACCCACUUUGAUCCGUCCAUCGGCAGUUCCGAGCGCGCGCUAAAUAGUAGUGAAACACGCGCGAAAGAAGUUAGCAAGUGGCAGGGCCCGAAACCUAAAAUUCACCAGGUGUUAUUUACACGUCAACGCACGUUUCCGUGUUCGGUUCAUGGUGCGUGAAGGACGUUAACGCCAUUGGUCCCGAAAAUCCUGCUCCUGUAUGUCUGUGUGUGUGUAUGUGUAAGGGGAGGACCGUGAAUUGAGCCUUUCGAGUUGCUCACUCGUGACCGAGUGACGUAAACCCCAGCCGUUCCGUAUUUCGCGCCAUGCUUUCGUGAGCAUCUUCCGCGGACACACAAAAAUGGUUGCUUUUCGAGUGUGUGCCGAAGUAUGCGAUGUGUGCCCAAAACGUGAAACAAGUGCUGCUGCUCGUUACCUGCAUCUCAACGAUGUACCACGUUGGUGGUGGUGCUUUCCCUGAAUGGUGCCCUUAUGGCAGAGUAGCGAGCAGAAAAGUUCUUCAAUCAUCGCAACAAAAUUGUGUUACAGGGUAGAGGUGUUCGGUGUGGGCGAAAGGCAAGCAGGGAGAAGAAAAAUAAAAAAGAAAAGCAAUUAGCCAUUGGUGGAAAAGUGGAUAAAGCGAAAGAUAGUAAUUAUGUGCAUUAAACUGUGCCCCGGUACGGUGGGCAUCGGAAGGCCAGUGUGGAAGGUGGGAAGGCGGAAGCGUUCGUCGUUGGCGUUUCUGGUGCUGGUGGUCCUGUGCGGAUUGUCAGCGUCCACGUUUGUUGGAGGCACGAGCAGCGCUAAGGAUGGCGAAUAUGAAAACACACCGCUGCAUUUGUCGGAGGCCGUGCAGGGUACGGUGGGCCAGCUGGAGUGCAACAUCACGUCGCCAAUUACCGGUGACCGGGCGAUACUGGUGAUCUGGUACAAGGGUGCCCAGACGAUCCCUUUCUACACGUUUGACGCUCGUGAUGUACGGGAAGGAUCGCACCGUAGCUCUAAUUCAUCCUUCGAUGGACGGACCAACUUCUACCCAAACCGAACGCCAGCCAUGCUGGAGAUCCUACAGACGAAACCGACCGACAGCGGGAUCUACCGGUGUCGGGUCGAUUUUCAUAAAAGCCCUACGCGCAAUACACGCGUUCAGCUGACUGUUAUAGUGCCUCCGGAGAAGCUGCUGAUAGUGGACGAGAAAGGAUCGCACAUUCGGCACUACAUUCUGGGCCCGUACAAUGAGGGAGCGACGAUCAACAUUACCUGCAUCUCGACGGGUGGUCGUCCUCUACCGAAGGUGCAAUGGUGGUACGAGAACAAGAUCAUCAACAAUACCUCCGUCGUACUGUCGGACAAGCGAGUCAAAAACACGCUCGUCCUGCAUCGACUUGAGCGGAAACAUCUGAAAUCGGUCUUCACGUGCCAGGCUGCCAACAACAACGUGACGAAUCCGAUAUCGGCCUCGAUAACGCUUGACAUGAAUUUGCGACCACUUUCGGUACGGUUACAGGGUAAGAACCGACCACUAUCGGCUAACCACACGUACGAUCUGCAGUGUGAAGUGCUCGGAUCACGGCCAGCUCCUACUAUCACCUGGUGGAAAGGCAGCACACAGAUGCGCGGUCAUCAUGAAACGACGGACCCGGACGGUAACAUCACCGUAUCGAUACUGAGCUUUCGACCCACCAUCGAUGAUAAGGGCAAAUAUUUGUCCUGCAGGGCAGAGAUGGCUGUCAUACCGGAUGCUGGGAAGGAGGACGGCUGGAAGCUUGACAUCUACCACGUUCCCGUGGUAACGCUCGAGUACGGCACGAACUACAACUACACCUCCUCCAUCCCGGAAGGAGUCGACGUGUACUUCGAGUGCAACAUCAAAUCCAACCCGUGGGUGUACAAAGUGAUCUGGCGUCAUUACGGCAAGGAGCUGGUCAACAAUCCUUCCGAAGGAGUUACCGUAUCGAACCAGAGCCUGGUGCUGCAGAACGUUAGCCGCAGCCGGGCCGGACUGUACACGUGCGUCGGCAGCAACCGGGAGGGGGACGGUGAGAGUAACCCUGUCCAUCUGGACAUAAAGUUUGCGCCCGUUUGUCGACCGGGGCUGGUGACGACGUACAAUGUGGGCCGGAACGAGCUGGCCAAGAUUGUGUGUGAGCUGGAGGCAAACCCGAGCAACGUUACGUUCACCUGGAAGUACAACACAUCCGUGUCGGAGAGUUUGGAUAUUCCUGCGUCGGAGGUGUUGAGCGAUCGGACCAAGAGUGUGGCUCACUUCAAACCUGUUACGGAAAAGGACUACGGGACGCUGCUGUGCUGGGGCCGGAACGAAAUUGGCGCCCAAACGGAGCCUUGUUUAUUCAAUCUCAUACCAGCAGGAAAACCGGAUCCACUAUCGAACUGUACGAUCCUGAAUCAGACGUUUGACAUGCUGCAGAUUGAAUGUCUGGAGGGCUACGACGGUGGGCUGCCACAGGUCUUCCAGAUCGAGCUGUACGUGAUCGGAAGCCGGCAGCAAAUGACUUCGAUUAAAUCAACUUCACCUUCGUUCGACCUGAAAGGACUCGAGCCCGGUGUAGGAUAUGAUAUUAUACUCACUGCCAAAAACUCCAAAGGUUCCAGCGAUCCCACCUAUCUGCAAGCGUUCACGUUGAAAAAUCCUGAGAAACAAACGGAUUUGUCUCUCGUUUAUUCGCCGGCACUGCUGCAGAUUAAGCCGUUCAUCGGUACGCUGCUCGGGGUGGUGGCCGCCCUCAUAUCGAUCGCCUCCAUCAUCGUGUGCGUGACGCGCCUUCGAGGGUCAGCCGGCCGGGAUCGCGAUUGUGGGAGCAACAUGUCAACGAACGAUGCUUCCGGCAUCAGUCAGUCCAUUCCGGAUGCGGAUCUGGCCAGGGAACAGUGCAACGGAAGCAUCGACAGCAUCGAGAAAAACCCGGACAUCAUUCCACAAGCGAUUCUAACGCACCGGCUGGAAGAAGACGAGAAAGCGUUCGAGUGGCUCAACAAUGCGGCCCAUCCCCGGCUUUACGCAACGGCCGCGAUGGCGGAACAGCAGUCCGGUGGCUUGCUGCCUCCGAGUGCGGCCGCCGCGACGUACGACACGCGUGCAUUCUACGCUCUAGCCAGAGACGUCCAGCAGCAGCAGCAGCAACAGCAGCAGCAUCCACAGCAAAACUGUAUGCAACAGAACGUGUACCCGGUGGCGUCGUCCGAUAGUCAGAGUUACAUCCCGAUGCACGGUACGAUCAUUUCGACCCCCAUCAUCGGUGGAUAUGGAAGCGAUGGUCACAAGCACGACUUGACCUACGCCGACCUAACGAUGAGCGGCGUGGGUGGAGGUGGACCGGGCAGUGGAGGAGGCGGUAUAGGAGGAAUGCCAAAGCUCAAUCCCGGUCAACCGCAGAUGUACGUCAGUGCAACGCUGGGCCGACCACGGCAAUCCGACAUCAAGCGGUCCGAGCCAACGAUCUAUGCCCAGAUCGAUUUAGCUCAUCAUCCCGCCGUACAUACGAGCAACCUAGUCUACACGAAUGCACCACGUCAAUCGAUACCGAUUUCCCAUGCUACCGGACUUCCGGUAAGCGGUGGUCACCUGCUCCAGCAGCAUACGGUGUCAGUGCAGUCACCACUUCAAAGGGCACCCGAUUCCAGCCAAUCGUCGCUGACCGAACGCUAUCCACCACCGCCCCUUUUCGGGGGUUCGCUUCCGGUUGGCAAUCAGCAGCACUGCUCCAACGAACCGCUUUUUAACAUUCCUCCUCCACCUCCUUCCCCACCGCCGCCGCCACCACCCAUACCACCACCAAAGCCUACCAUACGGACUGACUCAUACAAAGCUUCGCUCGAUAGGAUGUGCGAUCAGCAAUGUACUUUACAAUCCUUCUUCGAUUCAAAUCCCACCAUCACGAUUGAACGAUCUUCUCUUACCACACCUCAAUAAACCAUUGCUUUGCUUCUACCCUACCACUAACACACUAACCUGCCGGAAACCUUCCCACAGCCAAGCUUACUUCAAACGGUUCCUGAACUACCCCACAACCCGUCGGUUGGAGCGUCCAAUGGUGGCGGUUCCAUUGCCUCACAAGAUCUUUCCACCGGUGGACUGCCGACGAUCGGCGAGGGUCGAUUGCUGAACCAUGCGACCCGUUUCUGAUAGGAAGUGAAACAGCUCCACCAAACGACUGCCCUCUAGAGUGGUUGAUUGAUGUCCGGCUUACUACUACUACUGCAACUUCUUCUACCACUACUACUAUUGACCAUCAAGGAAAUUUUUUCACCGAUUUAGCCCUUCGUUCUCACAAAUAAAAUGCUCUGUUUAGUAAUUCGGUUCAUAUUACUAAGGAAGUUUUAUUAAAACUUGCUAAAUUUGUAAUGUUGCAAGACGGCAGUAGGGUUAAUAAUCAUAAAAUGUUAAAACAUUUUAUCAUUUGUUAUUUUCUUCUAACGGUUUUCUAAUUGGACCUAAUGGAAAACUAUGUAACAAACAAUAAACUAAAAACCGAUCCAUCCGACACUGUAACGGACAAGGCAGAGCUGAAAACUAACAGAAGAAUGUUUAAUACUAUUUGAACUCUCAACACUCAUACAGAAAACACACAGUGAAAACUUACCUGUACAUAGGAAACGGUAUCCAGCGCAUCGGAACGCAGAACGAACCGACGAUUUUUACUACUCUCAAAACAAACCGGAACUCUUUCUAUGCUGUAAAAAAAAACUAACCUUAAAUUAUGAAGGUAUCCUACAAUGAAAAAUAAAAACGGUGGCAACAAACGGAACAAAAACUGAGAAACUAUGGGAUAGUUUGUGUUACGUACCAGUGUAAUAAAAAUCGAAAAUAACUGCAUCUUGUUUCUAGAUUUAUGUUUGUCCUAUAACCAAUGAAACUAAAAUCACACGUAAAUCCCACAACACUACUAUCUAACUCGAUAUUUAAAUCAAACCCAAGGGAUUAAAGGGAAACCGUAAGCUAAAUCGUAAUCGUAACCUUGCACUAUGCGCCACAAACUAAACACAAAUCAUCUCUUUACUAUUACUACUAAAACUGAUAAACAAAUGGGCGGUGUAGAGUGUUUGUGUAAGGAUAUGCGUGAACGAAGGUGGAAGUGAGUGUGUAUAAAAUAGACAAGGUGUACGUAUGGAGCCGCACGAGAGUGAGCAAAAGUAGUUAACGAUACAGAAAAAAUCAAAUUAGCUGAACACUUGCCACAUCCAGUUCGAUGGUGACACGGUGAUUUAUCGCGAACGGUUGACUUUUUUUAGUAAAAUGGAAAAUGUUGACAAAAAAGCAUUUGCUAACAAAACAAACACAUACAAACAGCACACUGGUGUACGAUGUGGUGCGAUCGAUGGAGAUUGGUGUAAAAUAUUGUAAUUACAGAGAUCUGCAGGUACGUUAUCCCACUAUCCAGUCAAAAGAUGCAGUGGCGUAAAACUCAAGCAUAACAAUAAACAUAGAAUCAAGAAUAGAAAAAUGAUAAAAGAAAUAGGUAAACACGAGAUAAUGAAAACGAAAGUAUGGAAACGAGUGAAAAUGGAAAAGAAACGAAAACCAACUGGUUAAGAUUUUAGCUAAUUUCAGCACGAACGAUUGUUCCGCCCGCUGUGAGCAAGGACAAAGUAAAGUAAGUUUUGCCUAGAAUGAUGUAGUUUAGCAUGAAUUGGAUUGUUCGUGGUUUGAUCGAGUGGUUGACAGUGUAUAAUAGUGUGCAGUCUCUCGUACAGCGGGAAGUUUUCAUAAGUCGGUUUUGUUUGUACAUUAGAUUUGAUUCAUUCGCAACUAUUAGCAUACAACAUACAAAACAAACAGCCAAACAACUGACGGAACGACGUUUCUAACAAACUGGAAGAAAACGGAAAGUCCGGUGGUAUAUUAACAAGCCACUAACCAGAAGAAGGAUGUGACAACAUGUGUACGUAAAAACAAAGGAAACUGUGUGAAACUGUGGAACAGAUUCAUAAAGCUAAUUGUUACUAACAGAUAAACAGAUAAGCGUUGUGGAGGGGACACACUGGAAGGGAAACGAGCGUAUAGAUUGCGGUGUGUUCCACAGUGUUCCUCUUCCGGAUGCAUCAAGGUGGAUGAAUCGUUUUGAAAUAAAUGAAAAAAGCAGGGAUUAUUUAACUUAC